GUAGACUCCAUAUAAAAAGAGUAUAACAGUAUAUCGCUCUGGUAAACAGUUCGUUCUUCACAAAGCUACCGUUAAUGGCCAAUUUCCUUGAAAGUUUGUCACGUGGAUGAGAAUGCACUGCUGCAGGUUUACAGGUCAAUCGGCUACAUGUCGUGAUUCAGAGAUGGUUUCAACUGCAGUGGUGAUUUCAGUACUAGCGAUUCUGGGGACUGCAACUGUUGUUAUCAACGUCUUGACUCUGAUGAUCAUUUACCGAAGAAGGCGUUUACGAAAACCAAAGAACUAUCCAAUAAUUAGCUUUCUGCUUGCCGGCUUGAUUCAAGGAAUUAUUGUAGUACCAGCGUAUUGCUUGAAGCGACUUGAUUUGUCCAACGUUCCUGAGUGGAUUUGCGAUCUGUUUAGAUUCCCAUAUUUCAUGUGCGGUCAUAUGCUGACGCUCAGUAUACUUCUCGUAGCCAUGGACAGGAUGGUCGCUAUCAACUGUCCUUUCAAGUACCACAAUAUCAUAUCCAAAUGCAGAAUGAUCACAUGCAUCAUAUCAUUUUGGGUCGCGAUCAUUAUAAUUGACUUACUUCCCUUCAUCUACGGGGCCUCCAAAGACUUGAAAUGUAAAUAUGUGCCGUGGAGGGCUUGGAGCAUUGCAGUUCUCGUUCUUACGAUUGUAAUACCCUUUUUGAUCAUAUCGGUUUGUUACGCAUGGAUUUGGAGGCUAGCUGCACGCCAUGCGAGGGAAAUUUCACAGGCCUCACUGGAAGGACACCAAGAAGCGAAAAGAGGUUUUAAGACCUUAAUAGAGUUGAGGGCAACAAGGACCACGCUCCUUCUUGUUGGAAUUUUCUUGCUUUGCUGGGCGCCGAUUGGUAUUUACUAUUUGGUUGAAAACAUUUGCGGUGAUUGUGUCACUAAUGCAGUUUCUAUCCACAUGCAGGAGAGCUUUAAAUUCUGGGUGAAGGUCAUUUCAUAUACAUCUAGUAUCUUUUCGCCAUUAGCCUACUGCUGGAGGAACAGGGAAUUUAGGCGUGAAGCAUCCACCAUGCGAAUAUCACAGUUCAAAACAAACUCCAUUCCUCAUUUAUUUUUAAAACCGUUGCAAAAAGGAGGGGCAAAGUUAAACAAUGGAAUGACAGACUGGGCUGUAACGGUUGGUCCAACAGUGAGUCCCGAGAAAAACGCGGAAUCAAUCAGAGACCUGGCGAAUCAUAAAUAAGCCUACCAAAAUUAUAAAGUAACUAUUUAACCAACCAAUUUCGAACAACCUGCGAAGAAGGCUUAAGUACAAUCUGUGAGAAAGGAUUUGGUGCAAUCUGUGAGGAAGGAUUUGGUACAAUCUGUGAGGAAGGAUUUUUUGCAUUCUUGAGUUAAUUGUUGACCCUAAAUUUCAUGAGAAUACCAAUUCUUACAUUAUUAAUUGCGUUCAUACUUUUGGUAUUGCUAUUUAAAAUCAACAUUGUGAUAAAAUUGGAAACUUCUUCACAGUUGAGUACGGUUGUUAUUCAACAGGAUAAUGGAGUAUAGAUUGAAACUAAAAUGAUAACAGGUAGAAGACGCAAAUUAUUUAAUUUUUUUACCGUCCGACAAUCCAUGAUGUUUUAAAUAAACCAUCGCAGCGGCUUGUUCGGUGGCCUGUUUGCUCUUUUCCCUAAAAUAUUCAAUAAUAUGGAAUCUAAUAAUUAGUCUAGUUGUAAUUAGAGAGCUGUGUAUCUUCAUGUUUCAAACUUAAUAACACAGUGAGCUUGGGUCAUUUAAUUGAAUAUCAAAA